CGAAUGCGGGCCGCAAUUGCACCCUUCUCGAAAAUCUUGUUUAUCUUGACCUUCGGCUCCAAAAACUGCUCAAACAGACCAGUCGAUUUGCACUGACGUGCUCGAACGUGCGCGUCCUCGCUAUUUAGUGACAAAGAUGGCGGCCGCCGCCGGAUCAGUCAUCAAAGUUCCCCGUAACUUCCGGCUACUGGAGGAGCUGGAAGAGGGCCAGAAGGGUGUUGGAGACGGGACAGUGAGCUGGGGACUGGAGGACGACGAGGACAUAAUGCUGACUCGCUGGACAGGCAUGAUCAUAGGGCCUCCCAGGACAAUCUACGAGAACAGGAUGUACAGUCUAAAGGUAGAAUGUGGACCCAGAUAUCCUGAGUCUCCCCCCUUUGUCCGAUUUGUGACCAAGAUCAAUCUGAAUGGCGUGCACAACUCAAACGGUGUGGUGGACACGCGGGCGGUGGCGGCACUGGCUAAGUGGCAGAACUCGUACAGCAUCCGUGUGGUGCUGCAGGAGCUCCGGAGGCUCAUGAUGUGUAAAGAGAACAUGAAGCUCCCCCAGCCGCCCGAAGGCCAGGUCUUCAGCAACUGAGCCCCCUUGCCCUGACAAGCCCUGCUAUCCCUACUCUCCCUCACUAUCUCCAUCGACACGCACACACACACACAGUACAUGCACUCGCACUGAUUCAAUGCUUCCUCACAUCUGCACACUCACACGAACCCCCCCACACACACACAGCGUUACGUACCCCUUAUUUUUCUGAGACUCUUGAAUACUCUGUCCUCACGUAAGCUCUCUUUUGCCAGGCCCCUCUCACCUUCUGUCCUAAAUGCCAUGCCCACUUUCUCUCGCUCUCUCUCUCUCUCAUUAGACAGAGAUGGUUGCACAGGUGAACUCCACCCCCCCCCAUCAUCUCCCCAACUGUGCAGACCAGACGUUACGAUACAAAUUACUGUACAUCUUACUAAUCUUUUUUUCCCCUUAUUAUUAUUUGUGUUCUACAUCCAGAUUGUAAAAUAACAUAAAUUAUCUUAUUGAGUGUACCUAUCUUAUGUGUGUGCUGGAUUCUUCAACCCAAGGGUGGUGGCAUUUACUCUGUACUGUAGUGUGUAGCAGGGGUGGAAAUCAAGAUGACUUGCUGCACCGCAAAAGAAAAGUAGAUCCCGUGGCCCCACUGAAAUGUGGACAGUUAAAGUUGUAACUGUUCUGCUCUUAAUGUCGCUGCAAGACUCUAGUUUUUAUCUGAUUCUGCUUGCCCUGUUAAACUAUGCAGUGGCUUAGGAUACACUGCAUAGUCUUGCCAGGGUCUGUUUCUGAAAUCAAACAAGUGAACCCCCCCCCCCCUUAUGUCUUAUUUUUUGAACCACUCUUGGUGAAACGGCAAGGGAGGAAAUUAAAAAAUGUAUUGGUGUUUUUCAGGCCAGCAUUGGUCUAACCAGCUUCUCAAUCCCGAUUAUGUGAAUUUCUGGGCCUUGGCACAUGUACGGUACAUGGGAUUAGGCAUUCAACACUGUGUGUAUCAACUGGGCACUCUCGGUUCAUCGCCCACUCCUAUUUUAAACCUCUGGCCUCUCUGCCAUGUGGAUUGUUACGCUUUGUGAUUGAAUGGGGAGGAAGUACAUUUUGAGGGGAGGGGUUAAAUUACAUUGGGUUUCAAAUACUUAUCUUAUGUGCUUGGCACCUUUUUCAGGUUCACAUUACUAGGUGAAGAAUGAGUUAGUUUUUUGUUUCAUCUUUAGGGCUGACUUGUGUAUGUUCGUUGAGGUUAUCUCAUACAGUGGGCCCACUGAAUGCAAUGUAUGGCUUUAGAUGUUUAUUUUUUAACCGGUGUGAUUCUGUAGUCUGGGUGAUGGUGACCUGUGCAUGGUUUUAUUUGAAUUAAACAUAAUUACUUUUGCA